GACGUGCGCGUGAACGCAGCAAAAAUCGUUUCUUUCUUGGUCUUGGGUUGGUGCUCAGAGGGGAAAGAGCGCUUAUGGAAUUUGUGGUUACAUAGUAUUUCCUCGGGUAACUCGAUGCGCUGGAAGGGGGAAGGCAAAGAUCCCUCCUUGCCGACAACGCAUUGAGACUUCCAGAAAUCUCUCCUUCUGAAGACGUUAGAAAGAGGAAAAUGGCCUCUAAAGUUACAAUCGAUGGAGUAAGUUUUGUAUAGACAGAAUAUAUGGAACCGUUACGUGUAGCCGCCUAGUAAGCAGAGGUUGCACUGUCUACAUCAACAUAGAACAUGAAAUGUAUGUCAUUUCAGCUGCAGAAACGGAGAAAGGAGGCAUUGGACGACUGCCACAAUAUUUCUAUCAUCGGGGAGUUAUUUUUUGUCACCAGAAUGGAAUGGUUUUUCUUUGACACUGCAAAAAUGAAACAGACACUGCAUCUCUGUGUGUUAUGGCUGCUGCUGGUAUGGAGCACAGGGGCCUCUGACAGGAGAACCCUCAAAAGGACAAUCUUACGACGAACAUCCCUCCAGGGGGGGAUUUUUAACAGAACACAAAAUGUGCUGAACUCUGACAGUAUUGCUCCUUCCGCUGGUGGUAUAAAUGUAUCCCCUAUGACGAGCCAUCGUGACAGAAUGCAGAGAGAUGAGAAAGCUGAGCCUCCAAGAAGAGGAAAAGAACCACCAAGCAGAAGGAUGAUGCCAAGCAGAAGAAUACCCCAACAACCAAAGAAACCCAUAAACCAGGUUGGCAGUGGCACUGGCACAUCUCAAGACAACAGUAAACCAGUGACAGGGGAGGCGGUUCAGCCUCAGUCCACACCAGCCCGCACCGUCCCCGGCAGCGCAGGCUCCCUCAACGUCCCCGGCAGCGCAGGCUCCCGCACCGUCCCCGGCAGCGCAGGCUCCCUCAACGUCCCCGGCAGCGCAGGCUCCCUCACCGUCCCCGGCAGCGCAGGCUCCCGCACCGUCCCCGGCAGCGCAGGCUCCCGCACCGUCCCCGGCAGCGCAGGCUCCCUCAACGUCCUGGCCAGCUUCGCAGGGAAGAACCGGGUCCUGGUCAUCUCCGCCCCACAUGACUCAGACGGUUACUAUCGCCUGAUGAUGACCCUCCUCAAGUCGGACGUCUACUGCCAGAUGGCGGAGCGGCACAUGCAGAUGAUAGUGAUGUUCCACCAGGAGGGAGAGCGAGGCGGGAAGGUGCGGCGGGUCAACGCCAAGGGACAGGUGACGGAGGAGCCCCUGGAUACGGUCCUCAUCCCCAGGCUGAUGAACUUCCUGAAGCUGGAGGAGGGGAAGUUUGGCAUGGUUCUCCUGAGGAAGACCCUCCAGGUGGAGGAGAGGUAUCCGUACCCAGUCAGGCUGGAGGCUAUGUACGAGGUGAUGGACCAGACCCACAUGCGCAAGCUGGAGAAGGCCAGGCAGAGAGGCUUCGUGCAGAGGUGCAAGGCGGCCGGUGUUGAGGGCCAGGUGGUUGAGUCUCAGGGCCAGGAGGUAUUGACCACGGGGUCAGAGGUCACAGUGAACUCUACAGUGGAGAGGGUGCCAGUGAGGAAAGGGGUGCAGAGACCAGCUCAAGGACCAAAGGCUGUGACAGUUACCACAACCCGACCAACCACAAAACCAACUAUGACCACAAAGGCAACCACAAUUACAACAAAGCCAACCACAACCACCACAACUAAACCAACAAGAACAAAAAAAAGAAAAACUACAACCACAACAAAACCACCACCAACAACAAAAACAACCACAAUCAUAACUACAGCAAAGCCAACCACAACCACCACCAGAAAAACAACCACGACCACAACAAAACCAACAACUACUACAACGACCACAAAAGUAACCACCACAACAAAACCAACAACCACGACCACCACCACUAUAAAACCAACCACCACAACAAAACCAAAAACUACAACAACACGACGAACCACAACCACCACAACAAAACCAAAAACUACAACAACACGACGAACCACAACCACCACAAAACCCACAGUUCCGAAGCCCUUGGACCCCCAGACAACACCGCACUGGGACCUAGAGGUCCCCACCACAGACAAAUCCUCCUACAUCCUCUCAGAGACCCACAAAAAUGGCAUAGAUGACGUUACAGAAUCCCACAGAGACCAAUAUGAAGAAGACACAACCGACGAUACCAAACAUGGCCGACAAGUUGUUACCUCUCCAACUCAGCUCACUAACAACAAACCAACUGAAGAAGGGGAAGAGCUGGGCAGUGAACUUAAGGUUGACUCUGAUGCACAGGUGGAAACAGCUUCCCCCAAGAAGAGCAAGGUUAAGCGGCCUGUCAAUGCAGAGAGGAAGAAAAAGGCUGAUAAAUCAGGCAAAAAGAGUAAAGCAGACAAGAAAAGGUUGAAGGCUACUAAAGACAGUGAUGGGGGCUUCUAUCGUGGCAGGAGACCAGGGAAGAAGGCCGCUAUUAACCAGGAGAAAGAAGCAGACAACAAGAGGCCCCCCACAAAACAGCCAAACCUCUUAGUAUCCUUUUUUGGUCAUUUUGAGAAGAGACGACGUCUACUUGUGAUCAGUACUCCAGACGAGGAGAAUCCUAUGUACACGCAGCAGAGAGAUGAGUAUCUGGAGCAUGUGUGUGAAUUGGGUGUCAGAAAAAUCUCUCUUAUCACCAUCUUUGGCUCUCUGACCAAUGGCACCAUGAAGAUGGACCAUUACCAGGCUGAGAAGGAUCAGCCUCUGAAAGGCAUGAAAGACGAGGACUUCACAAACCAGCCCCUCAUCAGAGCCUUGAGGAAUGAGUUGGGACUGAUAUUUGACGACUACUAUAUGGUGCUGACCGACUUUGAUAUGAAAGUGAAGCAAGAAUAUGAGGUGCCCAUCGCCAUGACGGCUGUGUUUGACUACAUAGACACAUUCUCUUCUCGCAUCAAGGAGAUGGAACAGCAGAAGAGGCAAGGAGUGACGUGUAAGAAAGAAGACAAAUCCAAAUCUCUGGAGAACUUCCUCUCACGGUUCCGCUGGAGACGCAGGCUGUUUGUGAUCUCCUCCUCUGACGACGAGGAAUGGGCCUAUCAGCAGCAGCUCUACGCCCUGACUAGCCAGGCCUGCAAUCUGGGCCUGCGCCACUUGUCUGUGCUGAAACUGAUUGGAAAGGACAUGGAGGAUAUGGGCGGGACCCUUGAGCUAUACCCAAUCAACGGGACUGCCACUGUGGAACGUGAGGACGUUUCUCCCUCUCUGGUGCAGGACAUCAGGAACUACUUCCAGGUCAGCCCAGAGUACUUCUCUAUGCUGCUGGUGGGGAAAGACGGCAACGUCAAGUCCUGGUACCCGUCUCCCAUGUGGUCCAUGUCCAUCAUAUAUGACCUGGUUGACUCCAUGCAGCUCCGCAGACAGGAGAUGGCUAUCCAGCAGUCCCUUGGCAUGCGCUGUCCUGAGGAUGAGUAUGGGGGCUACGGUCAUGACAGAGACCCGGAUGGUUACCACCGUGGAUAUGGUUACUAAAGGAUUGAGAAUAGGAUGUUCCCCUUAGGAUGUGUUAAAUUUUCUAUUGAGGCCUGGUUGUGGCCUUGUCCCAUGAACUAUAUGAAGCCAUUGUAUGAAUGGCAUUUCUUGAAGGCUUUUUUUUGCAUUUUGAUAACUGUGACGUUGUUUUAUAAGAAUUGACUUUUCUAUAAUAGAUUUUGAAAAUGCAGCAUACUUUUUCUUCCAUAUAUUUUUGAAUGUAUGAUUUGUUUCACAGGGAGAAUGGAGAUUUCAGAUUAAAAACAUUUGGCAAUUGC